UGCCAAAAUGCCAGUAGAUGAAUACUGGCUGUGUUUGCCAGCCUCUCACGUUAGACCUUUUGUACAGACGGUCAGGUUGAUGCAGUCUUGUCCCCAUUGUUGCUGGUACCCACGUGCUCUCCCUUCAGUCUCUGAGCCGUCAGGUGCACCUGCCACCCUGCCAAGGGGCAGCCACGGUGCCAUGCCUCUUCCUGCACCCUCCUCCAGUGCGCCCCCUUCCGCGUCCCCAGCAUCCUGCUCUACUGACCCUAAGCUCUGCCCUUCCCCCCCUACAGCUGAUGGUAGGCAGGAGAAAAACGUGGCGUCGGGGCUGGCUUAUCAGGAGGGCAGACUUCAAAAGCUACUGAAAAUGAACGGCUCGGAGGGUCUUCCCGAGUCCUAUGACUAUGACCUCAUCAUCGUUGGAGGCGGCUCAGGAGGGCUGGCAGCUGCUAAGGAGGCAGCCAAAUAUGACAAGAAGAUAUUGGUCCUGGAUUUUGUCACUCCAACCCCCCAUGGAACUAGAUGGGGUCUCGGAGGAACAUGCGUGAAUGUGGGUUGCAUACCUAAAAAACUGAUGCACCAAGCGGCUUUGUUAGGACAAGCCGUGCAAGACUCUCGAAACUACGGUUGGAAGAUCGAGGAGACAGUUAAACAUGACUGGGAUAAGAUGACAGAAGCUGUACAGAAUUACAUCGGCUCCCUGAACUGGGGCUACCGGGUCGCUCUGCGGGAGAGAAAAGUGACCUAUGAGAAUGCAUACGGCCAGUUUGUAGGUCCUCAUAGGAUUAAGGCAACAAAUAACAAAGGCAAAGAAAAAAUUUAUACAGCAGAGAAAUUUCUCAUUGCUACUGGCGAGAGGCCACGGUAUCUGGGCAUCCCUGGUGACAAAGAGUUCUGCAUCAGCAGUGAUGAUCUUUUCUCCUUACCUUAUUGCCCGGGUAAGACCCUGGUGGUUGGAGCAUCGUACGUCGCCUUGGAAUGUGCUGGAUUUCUUGCUGGCAUCGGUUUAGAUGUCACUGUUAUGGUACGAUCCAUUCUCCUGAGAGGAUUUGACCAGGACAUGGCCAACAAAAUUGGCGAACAUAUGGAAGAACAUGGUGUCAAGUUUAUAAAACAGUUCAUACCAAUAAAAGUUGAACAAAUUGAAGCAGGGACACCAGGCCGACUCAGGGUGGUAGCCCAGUCCACCAGUGGUGGUGAAACCAUUGAAGGAGAGUAUAAUACGGUAUUGCUGGCAAUAGGAAGAGAUGCUUGCACAAGAAAACUUGGCUUGGAAACCGUGGGGGUAAAGAUAAAUGACAAGACUGGAAAAAUACCCGUCACAGAUGAAGAGCAGACCAACGUGCCUUAUAUCUAUGCCAUCGGCGAUAUAUUGGAGGGGAAGCUCGAGCUCACCCCAGUAGCAAUCCAGGCAGGGAGACUGCUGGCUCAGAGGCUCUAUGCUGGCUCCAAUAUCAAGUGUGACUAUGAAAAUGUUCCGACAACUGUGUUUACUCCUUUGGAGUAUGGUGCUUGUGGUCUUUCUGAGGAGAAGGCUGUGGAGAAAUUUGGAGAAGAAAACAUUGAGGUUUACCAUAGUUACUUUUGGCCAUUGGAAUGGACGAUUCCAUCAAGAGAUAACAAUAAGUGUUAUGCAAAAAUAAUCUGUAAUAUCAAAGACAAUGAACGUGUUGUCGGCUUCCACGUACUGGGUCCAAAUGCUGGAGAGGUUACGCAAGGCUUUGCAGCUGCACUCAAGUGUGGACUGACCAAAAUGCAGCUGGAUAGUACCAUCGGGAUCCACCCCGUCUGUGCAGAGGUAUUCACAACCUUGUCGGUGACCAAGCGCUCUGGGGGAAGCAUCCUCCAGGCUGGCUGCUGAGGUUAAGCCCCAGUGCGGAUGCUGUUGCCGACACUCCAGGCCACUGCUGUGUUAACUUGCCCAAGUCCAAGGUGCAGAUUUUAGGAAGGGUUUUGUGCUUUGGCACCCGCGUGUCCCGCGCUGGUGGCACCCAAGGCCCCCUUGGAUCUCUCGGGUAGAAGGUGGUGGAUGGAAGGCAGACAGCGUCGCACUGGGGUCACCGUGACGGACUGGAGCUGACACUCGGCAGCGCAUCGGAGGGCGCGUCCAUGAAGUCACCGGCCCCAAGCCCCCGCGGUGGGCGGUGAUGGAACAAGUGCCGAGCAGUUUUAGCGCGACCUCUCCAUUCUGGAUUUGCUUACUCUCAUUGUUCAGCUUUCUCAUGUUGAUCACUUUUUUCUUUUUUUUUUCCUCCAAGGUGUACGUGAUUACUAGAGAUGAGAAACGUUAGCAGUCGAUUUUUGUCCAAAAGCAAGUCUUGUCUAGAGUGUGCAAGUAAGGUGCCUCACGCAUGAGAGGCACUCGGAGGCUGCAUAGGCUUGUCCCGUGAGAGAGAACGGUCCCGGGAGCCAAGUGUCCUGUUUUAUGUGACUCACCUGUUGAGCAGGGUCUCCCCUAAUGAGUUCCGUGUCCACCAAUGAGUACAUUUAUGAUUGAAUCUGGCCAAAUUUGCCCCAUGUGCCACAUCACCAGUUGUGAGGUGAUGGCCCCUUGGCCAGCCCGUCUCAAGUGACGUUCCCCGGCGUGGAACUUGUAGCAUGGUUCCUGCCAGUACUCAUCAUGGAGGCAGAGGUACACCUUAGAUGGGGAAAAACAAUAAAUGUUUUCCUUUACUUGGUUUAUUGUGUGUUGGUCAAAGUGAGCUCUUUUGCAAUAAGAAACAUUUAAUUUGUGUAAAACUGGUUUUUUUUGUUGUUGUAACUUUAGCUUUAAGUUAAACACACAAAUAUCACGGCCUUACUUUUCGCACGUGCUAUAUGUAUCUGUCCCUUCCUAAGAACCACAUUCAUAGGAAAAUAGGUCUUCCCACACUUAGGAUUUAACUCUUCUGUGGUGAUCGUUUUUUUAAGGAAGCUAUUAAUAUCAUAAGUUAUUAUUUUUGAACACAGGUGGAUGUGAAGGAUUUUCAUUGAAAAACCGAAUGGUUUUGCCUUUUUCUGUUGAAUGGAUGACCGUUGCUGGCAGAAUGGUGGCAGUUUUUGCGCUCCGUUAGCUUUCCAACUCGUCUUGUUACAAAGAGGGAUUGACUCUGCAGCUGUAGAUUUCGGCGUGAAUGUGCUGACUGUUCCAGGAUUACGUGGAGGCCACCUUGUCUUUCUCUGAGUUGGCUUUUAAACGUGUGCUGUGGCCACCGGGCCUCCCGUCCGCAGGCCCUCCGGCCCCUCUGUCAGCUCUCCCCUCUGCGUGUAUUCCAGCGGCAACCCCGAAUGCUCGGUUCAAAGUACAUUUCUUGGUCACCUCAGGGACCUUCUGCGCCUGCCUGGCUCUUAGGCAGCAGAGCGCCUGCGCCUGCCCCCCAGGGCACUGCCUCCCGCCCUUACCCCUGCAGUGCUGUGAAGAAGGUGGGAAGGGACAAAGAGGGGAGUUGAGGCAGUUGCCUGUGUUCGGUUUUAUUUAUUUUUUUAACCGUUUUUUUGUUGUUUUUUUUUUUUCUCCAAGCCUGCCAGUCUCUGAAGUUAGAACAAUAGGCAGUAUGAUUUUCGUGCCUAAUCAUGUUGUGAUUCUCUCUUCUUAGUGGGAUGGAACGUUCUGUCCCCCCAAGAAGGAUUACACUUUAUAUAUAGAUUUGUCUUGUUUAGAUUCUAUAAUUUCCCACUGUACUGAGAUUCCUAUUAAAUUCCAUGUAUUUUUGUUAUGUAUCUUCUGGGAAAAACAGACAAUGUGAAACAUUAAAAGGUAUUAAUAUCCA